AUGUCGUCAAUGCGCAAUGCGGUCCAACGCCGCAACCACAAAGAACGCGACCAACCGCAGGAACGCAAAAAAUGGGGACUCCUAGAAAAACACCGCGACUACUCCCUCCGCGCCGCCGACCACAACACCAAAAAGCGGAAAUUGAAAGCUCUGCAGGCGAAGGCGAGCGAAAGAAAUGAGGAUGAGUUCUAUUUCGGGAUGAUGAGUGGGGAGACGGUCGGAGGGGUGAAGAGGGCGAGGAGGGGCGAGGGAAGUAGUGGUGGCGCUGGGCGGAGUCUGGGGCUCGAGACGGUCAAGUUGAUGAAGACGCAGGACGAGGGGUAUUUGAGGACGGCGGUGCAGAGUUCGCGGAGGUUGAGGGAGAGGUUGGAGAGGGGGGUUGUGGUGCAGGAGGAGAUGGGGGUUGGUUCUGUGCCUGGUGGGAAAAGGGAUGUGUUUAGUGACGAUGAUGGGGAGGAGGGAGGUGCGGCUGUACCUCUAUCAGACGUGGUUGAUGGAGACGAUGCGCUUGACCUGGACGAUCUGGCUGAGCUUCAGGGAUUGGAUGCACCCGUCAUGGCCGACGAAGUUUCUUCUUCCGAGGAAGAUGCCGCAGGUUUGAGCAAAGCAGAACUGAACAAGCGACGGCGGAAACGACAUGAUAUCAAGACCCGACGGAGACAAGUCGAAGCGCUACGAGAUCGUGAAGAACAGCUCACUAUCGCGUUACGAGAAGUCGAGGCGCAGCGCGCAAGGAUGAAUGGGACGGUCGGUGGCGUGAACAAGAAGGGUACAAGAUUCAAGGUUCGGCAGCGGAAGCGAUGA